AUGAGCGCAAACCUGCAGCCUGGGAGUGCCGCCGUGCACUCUGGCGAGCCCCCGGAAAAAUUGAAGAAAAAGGGGAGCUUCUCCAACUUGGUGGCAUCACUCAGCAAGAAGAAGGGUAGCAGCAGCGACCUUGCGGACGCAGACAGCGCGGGGAACCCACCAGCGACCAAGCCUGAGAAAAAGAGCCUGUUCGGCAGAAGCAAGUCAAAGCAGGCGGCCGGCGAUGCCGCAGCGGAGGCUGCGCUGCCGCCGCCAGCCAGCACGGGGCUAGGGCCGUUGGCGCGCAAGCGGACAGAGGAGCUGAAACAUGGCGAGGCCGACGACGUGGCGGGCACAAAGGACCAGUCCGUGCCGCACGGCGCCACCGUGACGCUCAAGGCGGACGCGACCACGCCGGCCGCGCCUGCGCCUGCGCCCGCGGCCGUGCCUGCGCCUGCGCCUGCGCCUGCGCCUGCGCCUGCGCCUGCGGCCGCGGCUGACGAGGCCGAGCCGCCGAAAAAGCAGAGCAAGUCCGUGUUCUCCCGGGCGCGCAGCGCGGCGCAAAAAGGCCUGGCCACGGCGGUCAAUGGCGCCCCGCAGUCGCGGCACCGCGCCGCGGUGGUGGCAGCGCUUGCGGGGAGGGAGGCGGAUGAGGAGUUUGCACCGGCUGAUUAUGCAGAGGGGGAGCUCAAGAAGCCGCCGGCGCCCACACCAUCCAGGGAGGCGGCCGUCGUUGAGGCAGCACCUGCGGCGCCCACCGACGCGCCCAGCGAGCCGCGCGCUCCUGCGGCCGCCGUCAAGGCGCCGGCUGGGAGCGGCGGCGUCGCAGCGGCCGUGUCUGGUUUAGAUGGGGCUGAGAGGGCCAAGCGCUUCGACCCUUCUGAAGGUUUUGCAGCCGCCGCGACGUUUGGCAUGGGAGAGAGCCCGACGGCCACCAAGGCUGCCAAGGCGGCCGUGCAGGCAGUCGCACCCCCUCGGUCUGACGGCGGCUCGUCCGCCGGCAAGAUCCGGGCAGGCACGCCAGAGGCAUAUGCCACAGAUGUGGUGACGGAGGCGGCGGCGACUGAGGGGCCGUCCGCCGCGGCGGAGCGCGCUGGGGAGGGGGCAGGGGCGGGCCGCAGAGCGCGGGCGCGGCGCCAGCCGGGCAGCGGCGACGGCGGCGUGAACAGCGACGACGACUUCGUGGCGGCGGAGGAGGGCACGCCGUCCGAGGGCGGCACGUCCGAGACGACGACUGACACCGGCGACCGCGGCGGCGCUGGCGUGGUCGGCGUGCUGGGGCGCGUGCGCAGCGGCGUGGCUAAGGGCCUCGCCAUCGCCGUCAACGGGCGCGAGGACGAGCAGCGCUACGGCGCCGCCGCCGCCGCCGCGGCGGCAGCUGCGGCCGCCGCAGCGGCCGACGCGGAGGCCGCUGAGGCGGCGCGGCGGGAGGCGGCGGAGCGCGCAGCGGAGGACGCGGCGGAUAGGGGCCCUGAGAAGGAGCCGCCGGUCCGGAAGUUUCCGCGCGGCUUCAUGUGGGGCACGGCCACGAGCGCCUACCAAGUUGAGGGCGCCUUCAAGGACGAGGGCAAGGGGCUGAGCAUCUGGGACGCGUUCGCGCACGCGCCCGGGAAGAUCAGCGGCGGCCACACCGGCGACGUCGCGGCGUGCCACUACUACAGGUACAAGGAGGACGUGGCCCUGAUGAAGGCCAUGGGGGUGGGGUACUACCGCUUCUCCAUAGCCUGGUCGCGCGUGAUGCCAAACGGCAAGGGCCAGGUCAAUGAGGCGGGGCUGGCCUUCUACAACAGGCUCAUAGACGAGUGA